UCCAGUCGGCGCUACACUGAGAGCGGCGACGGUGGAGGUGAAGACGGUAGCCAAGAUGGCCGCGGCUUCUCACCUCAUUUGCCAUCGCGUUUCAGUCGCAGUCGGCGCGACAUCAGCUGCAGUGUUAGUGUACGAGGUGAUGGACUGGCCUCGCGGGAUGGCCUGUCCUCUUGACGUCAGUUCCUUGGUCCGCCUUGCCGACACUUGCUGCAGCUCACCCAACAAGUCUGCAGGGCCCACUGUGCUCGUCUGCGGGGAUGGCGUGACUGCCUGUGGCCUGGCAGCGGGCGUCCUGAGCGUCGUCGACAGGCUGAAGGAGCGGCAGGACGUCGACGUCUACAGGACCGCCGUCAAGCUGCGCCGCUACCGCCAGCAGUUCAUCAUCAAUGAGGCGCAGCUGCAGUGCAUGCUUCAGGCAGCCAGGACUUACCUCAGCGACUUCCGCGUGUACCAAAACUGACAGCAAAAAUCCACCAAGAUGCAGUGGCUCUGACGUCACUGGAGGGCAACUUGACU